AUGACAGAUGGAAGCUGUCAAACUCCAUAUAACAGUACUUAUGAGACUCUGAUCCCGAAAAACCAGAAGCAAGAUGCAGAACUCGUGUGCUGUAAGCAUGGUUGUCAAUGUUCAUAUGGGAAGAAAACAACUGUCGAAAAUCAAUACGUGAAUCUGGCUUCUCCGAAAGAGCAACAAGUUGCCGAAAAACUUCGAGCAGAACUGGAGAAAUUGCAAGUGAAAUCAGUGAAAGUGGAGAAGAAUCAGAAGAAGAAGUCAUCGUCAAAAGAGAAGAGAAAGAAGAAAACAGUUGAGGAUAAUCAUGCUUAUGAGAUGAUGGGUCCAACAACUGAAGGAUCCACCAAUUCUUCGGCUCCAGUGACGACGGAAUCUCUAGAAAGCCAUGUUAGAGCCGACAACACUGCAUUUGCUGUCUACAUUGGUGCGAGUAGCUCUUCUGACGCAGAAUCUCGUGUGACUCGUCGUGGAGAAUUCGCCAUCUACCACCAAUACGAAACCGGUGGUUGCAUUGAUCAUCUGACUCCAGGUCUUCCAUUGAUGCUCGUCUAUUAUACAACAACUAAGAAACACCGUCAUUAUCCAAUUCGUACUUCUGGAUCAGACGGUGAAUUGCAUUAUUCAGUUGACUGUGGAUAUCCGAUGGUUCGGAAACACUUCUCACUCACUCAACUCGUUCAGUAUUAUAAGACAUUUGGAUCGAUUCAAACCAAUACGGAUGAGACGUGUUCUGAAGCAUUUUCUUGGUGGCUGGAGUGA